GGCGCUUGUCCGAAUCAUUAGUUUGUAAAAAUCAGCGCAUAAACAUCAUGGCAGAGGAAAAUAAGUCAAAAAAGUUCGUUUGGCAGAAUGAUGAGACUUAUCUCCGAACUGUUGAAAAAGAAGUCUUGAUACCAAAGAAGAUGCGAGAUAAAGCUAAAGUACGAUGUGCUGAGUAUGUCGAUGCUUUCACCUCUUGUUGUCGUGAGAAGGGAUUACUGAUGGCCGUGCAGUGUAGGGAACAAAAUAACGCAUUGAAAAACUGCCUCACAAACUACUAUAAAGAUCCAGAAUUCUUUGAGAUGUGCAAACAGGAGUACCUUGCAGAGAGGGCCGAGUUCAGAUCCACCGGAAUCACACAGAAGAAGAAGAAGCUACUAAAGGAGCAGCAAGAACAACGAGAGCAAGCAACGUAAUCCUUAGAGAUCUUCAUUUAUAAUUGAGAUUCUUUAUGGAGGUAGUAAUAUGGACAGAGGUUUUAAAAACAGACAUGUACGGAUAGAGUGUUUAGAUCUUCCCACCAUGGUCACUCGGUAAACUCACGCACGGGGAUAUAAACACCAAGCUGGCAACAGCCAAUAUCUCCUCAUCACACAUUGGUUUAUCGUCUCAUUUAUAAUUGAGAUUCUUAAUGGAGGUUUUAAUAUGGACAGAGGUUUUCGAAACUAACAUGAACGCUUCUGUAUGGAUAGAGUGUUUAGAUGAUCUUCCCACCAGGGUAACUCUGCAAACUCACACACAGGGAUAUAAACAACCAAGAUGGCAACAGCCAAUAUCUCCCCAUACAAACAUUGGUUUACCAUCUCAUUUGUAAUUGAGACCCUUAAUGGAGGUAGUGAUAUGGACAGAGGUCAGAGGUCAAACUGACAUGAAGUAGCUGUAUGGAUAGAGUGUUUGUUCGAUUGUUUAGACGUUUUUCCUACCAAGAAAACUUGGCAAACGCCCCCAGGGGGAUAUAAACACCAAGCUGGCAACAGCCAAUCUCUCUCAUACACACAUUGGUUUAAUGUCUUUGAUUAUGAAUUGCACAAAUUAAGAAAUUGGGAUUCAAUAACUAAACAACAAGACUCAUUCUAGCCAUUGUGAAAUCAGCGGUUAGCCUGGUAGGAUUUGAACCUACAGCCUUGUGAUUGCAAAUCAUGCAGUCCUUUAGACACUGGACAAUAUUGACUGACAGGAGCUGAGAAAUUUCAUCCGAGUUCAGGCUUUUUUAGUCUGCCUGUUAAACAAAAACGUGCUGUAAUUUUCUCAAAGUAAAAAGAGUCCGACUCUUUGACCUACUUCUCCAUCACUGACGAUUUGGUUCCAAGAAGCUCCUUCGAUCUUAGUUUCAGACCUCCGCAAGGAAAGACUCUCACCUUACCCAAGGUCUUAUUUCGGACAGGCAUUUCCUUUUACAUCGUCGUCGCGAUAAGUUGUCGGGGAGGUCAGUUUACAUUACAAGCCUAAUUUGGUCAUUCUAAAGAACAAUUUAGGUACUUAAAAAACGUCCAACAGCGGAAUUACAUCACACAUAAGGAUAGAUCCACUGCUCCCUUCUCUUGGGAUUGGGGCACAUACUUUAUUAGGUAGUGACUACCUAAAUCAUGCUUAGUCAGAAAACACAAACAAAAUUAAAGGAAAUAUCAAGGAAAACUGUCAAGUGGAUUUAUUACAAAAUGUGUAACAAUUAUAAACGUUGAUCAUUUAUAAAAUAAAUUGUGUACUUUAAAUAUAACCAAAAAAAGUUUGUCUCUGAAUUUCUUCUUGUUCAAAUAAUUAAUGUAAUAAUUCUAGCUGUAACUGACUAAGAAUCAUCAUUUUGAGAAAAGAGUAAAAGAAGUCACAAAAUAAUUUUCGACUCAGUGAGACGAAAAU